AGUGGCGUGGACGUGGGGGAAGCUACUGCUGCCACCGCUGCUGUUGUUGUUGUUUUGGGGGGAUUUAACUCCAGCGGAGGGGUUUUAAAAUAAAGAAAAACAUAAAUAGAGCAUUCAAAAGCUCGGCGAUAAGUUUAAAGCAGGAAUGCGGGGCGAAGAGUCGUCGGACUCGGAGUCGGGCCGGAUGGAGGAGAGCUCGGUGCGGAGGAGUUUGGAGACGCUGUGUCAGGAGCUGAACAUGGACGAACAGACCGCCGCCGCGGCCAUGGAUAACUUCACCGCCAUAUGGAACACGUACACACUGGAGGGAGACGUGGUCCACUGGCUCGCAUGCUCUCUGUAUGCAGCCUGCAGGAAAGGAUCCACUCCCACAGUGGGUAAAGGGGUGAUGGAGGGAAACUGUGUCUCCCUCACCAGGAUCCUUCGCUGCUCCAAACUCAGUCUCAUCCAGUUCUUCUCUAAAAUGAGGAAGUGGUCUGACAUGUCCAACCUCUCGCAGCAGUUCAGGCUUCGCAUGGAGCAGCUGGAGCGCAACUUUGAGGUUUCCACGGUGAUCUUCCGCAAGUUCGAGCCCAUCUUCAUGCACAUGUUUCAGAACCCACAGGGAGGGGAGCCGCCGCGCCAGCCCCGCAGCAGGAAACACAGGCGACUGCCGUGUCACAUCAGUGAUGUGUUCAAGUUCUGCUGGACGUUGUUCGUCUACACUAAAGGAAACUUCAGCAUGAUCGGCGACGACCUGGUGAACUCCUACCACCUGCUGCUCUGCUGCCUGGACCUGGUGUUUGGAAACGCACUGCUCUGCACCAACAGGAAGGACCUCAUCAACCCGACGUUUAGAGGUCUGCCUGCUGGUUACCGUGGUGACGGCCACGUUGCGGUGGACAGUCCUCCUCCGUGUGUAUUGGAGAGGUUGUGCGAGCUGCACGACGGCCUGGUGGUGGAGGCCAAAGGCAUCAAACAGCACUAUUUCAAACCGUAUAUACUGAAGCUGUUUCAGAAACAGAUCCUGAGAGGCAACGGAGAACUUUUAACAGAAAUGUUGGAUCCACAGAACUUCAUCGAUAACAAUAAAGCCAUAAACAGGGAGUACGAGGAGUACGUGCUGACGGUGGGAGACUUCGACGAGCGAGUAUUUCUGGGAGCCGACGCCGACGAGGAGAUCGGGACCCCGAGGAAGGUCGUCCAGGAACCGCCCGCCAGCCUGACAGCCAAUCAGAAACAGCUGCAGCAGCAUGUGGAGAAGUCGGGCUCUCUCGCUCCCUCCACCCCUCUGACCGGACGUGUUUACCUGAAGGAGAAGGACCUGCUCGUCACGCCGGUCUCCUCGGCGACGCAGAGCGUCAGCCGCCUGCAGAGCAUGGUGGCCGGGUUACGGACGGCCCCCGCUGAGCACCUGAUGCAAAUAUUCAAGUCGUGCACCAGAGACCCGACAGAUUCCAUCCUGAGCAGAGUGAAGACGCUGGGUAAUGCCUUUAAAGAACAUUACACCAAGGACUCUGAGGACACGCCUGGAUCUCACAUAGAUUUUGCAGAGAACCGCCUGAAACUGGCUGAGAUCCUUUACUACAAGAUCCUGGAGAACGUGAUGGUUCAGGAAAACAAACGACUGCAAGGCAAAGACAUGAGUGUUUUGCUGGAGCAGGACAUCUUCCACUGCUCCCUGAUGGCCUGUUGUCUGGAGGUGGUGUUGUUCUCCUACAGCUCACAGAGGACGUUCCCAUGGAUCAUCAGUGUCUUCAAACUGGCACCGUUCUAUUUCUUUAAGGUGAUUGAGGUGUUCAUCCGCUCAGAGGAAGGUCUCUCCAGAGACAUGGUGAAGCAUCUGAACUCCAUCGAGGAGCAGGUUCUGGAGAGCAGAGCGUGGACCGCAGACUCGGCUCUGUGGAGCUCCCUGCAGGCUGCUGGGAACAAAGUGCCCACAGUGGAGGAGGUGAAUUUUUCCUCCAGCCUGGACACAGGUUCUGCUUCUAUGCCCGGUUCUGGUUCCGUGAGCGGAGGUCAGACCCACCUGCCGAUGGUCACCCUCUCUCCCAUCAUCCACCCACGCAUCAGGGAGUUCAGGACAGGUCUGGGCAGCGCCCGCAAAGACGUUCCUCCGUCUCCACUGUCGGUCCACGACAGGUACAGCUCUCCCGCGGCCGGCAGCGCCAAACGACGCCUCUUUGGUGACGACCCUCCCGCGCAGAGUUCGGUCCUGAGUGCCACCGUGAGCCCAGUUUCGUCUCCGGCCAAGAGGUUGGCGUUUAGCUCGUCCAGCACCCUGAAAAUCGGUGGACAGGUGUCUCAGACGACCGUCCUCAGUAUCCCACUGCAAGGUGUAAACAGCGACCGCACCAUCACGCUGAUCCCGGUCCAGCCGUGCGAUUCCUCCGGCACGGUCACUGCUCAGUUCCUGCUCACCGCCUCCCCGAGCCGACCCGCCGCUAACGCCGCCGCAAUCCCGACGACCUCCGACACCCAGGCAGGAAGCGGACGACCGCGACGCACGGGGUCGCUCGCUCUGUUCUUCAGGAAGGUGUAUCACCUGGCCAGCGUACGCCUGAGGGACCUGUGCGUGAAGCUGGACAUCUCCUCGGAGCUGCGUGGGAAAAUCUGGACAUGCUUCGAACACGCCCUGGUUCACUGCACAGACCUGAUGAAAGACCGGCACCUGGACCAGCUGCUGCUCUGUAGCAUUUACAUCAUCUCCAGAAUCACUAAAGAGACUCACACCUUCCAGGACAUCAUGAAGUGUUACCGCAGCCAACCACAGGCCAGGAGCCGUGUUUAUCGCAGUGUGUUACUGCGUCACAGGGAAUCCAGAGAGCAGGUGACUGAUGAGAACAUGGAGGUGGAUCCUGUUUCUGGUGGAGAGUCUGCUGAGAAAACCAGUCAGGUUUCAGGAGAAGCCCAGUCUGACCAAUCAGGCGAGGAGGAGCGCGGUGACCUCAUCCAGUUCUACAACACUAUCUUCGUCCUGAGGAUAAAAAGCUUCGCUCUGCGAUACGCCACGCACGAUAACCGGGUGGAUGCUCCUCCACUCUCCCCGUUCCCGUCCGUCCGGGCUCAGCCUCUGUCCCCUCGCCGCGUCUCCCAGAGACACUCGCUGUACGUGUCUCCUCACAAGAACUCGGCGGGGUGUCUCACCCCCAACUCGUACACUUACAGGAUCAGCAGCAGCCCGUCCAAGGAAUUAUCGGACAUCAACCGCAUGAUCCGACAGGGCUGCGUGAGCAGGAAGCGCGCCUUCACCAUGGAGGGCGACGUGAUGAUGUCACCGGCGUCGUGCGACUCCCCCAGUAAGAGGGCGUGUCCCGAGAACGGCAGCAGCCCAGACGUCCUGCUGAAGCGUCUGCAGGACGUCGUGUCCGAGCGUCAGGGUCGCUGACGAAAAAGAAAAGCACAAAAAAACACAUGUGUUACUGACCUUUGACCCGUGUGUGUGUGUGUGUGUGUGUGCGUGUGCGUGAGCGUCACUGAGACGAACGUUAUCACUGACCAAAUGCGUUUUUAGAGGAAUUUUUACACAAGAUUGUAAUUAUCAGUAACAUUUGUUCCGGAACAAACACCAAAUUUAAAUUUCUCCCUCGUUAAAAUUCAGGCAAUUUCAUCGUAAAAGUUGAAAAGAAGUGAAAUCACAAGAGUUGGGAAAAAGUUGACAUUGUGAGGGAUUUGGACAUGUUUGAAGGUGGAAUUUAGAAAGUGUGUUUUGUGUUUGUAAACCAGAUUAAAUUAUUCCUACAUUUUCCUCCAUACACACAGUGCUGUGUAAACAAAGUCAGAUUAAAAGUCGGAAUUCUGACUUCUGAAUUCUCAGAAUUGUGUUUUUCUCCGAUUAUCCAAUUCGAUUAAGUUUUGUACCGAACUUAAACAUAAAUGUGUAAAAAAAUUCCCUCCGUAAAAUCAGAUGAUUUAAUCUGACGUUUUCUUUUGUUUUUCGCGUUUUCACGAAAGUGAAAAAUUCAAACCUGAAAACCGUCGGUGACGACAGUGAAAGUGUUUUAGUUCUUUAGGCUGAAAUUUACCACUGUGCUCAAAUCUGUGUUUAAAGAAGAAUUCAGAAAAGUUUAAACCCAACCAUAUUUUCCUUCCAUACACAUCAGCGCUGUGUAAACAUUAAAUUAAAUUCAGUUUCACGCAUUAAAUUUGCUUUUCCUCCCGCGUUUCCUUUUCUUUCUUUUUUCGUCAAAA